UCGAAAUGACUCAUUUAGUUUCUGAUUCUAAAAUGAGGUGGUAAAACUGCAAGACCGUCUUUUUUUGGGACCAAUUUUAGCAUUUCUGGUCAGGCUUCUACUUGGUCACCAAAAGCGAGUGGUCCUUCUCACACUCGCCUGUCACAGCACGACAGCGUUAGCUAGUCUGCAUUUUAAACAUACGAGUUAUGCUUUUUUAAAUUAUUAUUAACGUAUGAACUAAUACGCCACGUUUAACUAAUUAAUUUGAAAUAAGAUUUACGAAUUGUUUCUCUUUUGUGUUAGUUCGUUUGCACGUGCGAAAUGAGCCCCGAAGUGUGUCCUUUCUGUGGAAAGUCCUUCAAGAGGUUAAAGAGCCACCUGCCCCACUGCAAAGCAGCUAAGUCCUCUUUGAGCGGCAAUCAAACUGAGGUGUCUCCGCCAUCGGGUCAACUAGAAGCAGACUUGUCUAAGAUGACUGUGAAAAAGAAACCAACUCUCAGAAAAAAAGCAUCACCAGAGUCAUCUGUGAAAAGUGGAAAAGGUUCCCCUCCUUCUAAGCCAAAGAAAAGCAUCCAGGCCUCAGUAGAGUCUAGUCAUAUGUCAACAGGACCGGAGUCCACUCCGCAAAGUCUAGCCACAAGCGUAAAGUCCAAAUCGAAAGACUUUUUAGUUGUUGAAUCCCCCAAACCCAGAAGUGGCUCUGAAAGGAAACAAAUUAUACCCACAGAAAAGGAAAACGUGGCCAUAGAGAAGGCGAUGCCCCGGAUUACGCUCCAGCACGUUGGCAGCACAUUAAACCGAGUCAAGACCAGCACACUAACCGUCAACAUUGAAGCCACAAACACUAAACCCAGUCCAGAGUUAAACCCAGCUGGUACAAACAUCAAUUUAAAACCAAAACUAUCUCUACUUUUGCCUAAAAAUGAUUCCUGUGGGUCCAAAGUGACAUCCUGUAAACCAACAUCCAAAGUGGAUGUUCACCAGACUGAAAACGCCUCAGUACCUGUAUGCUUUUCUGACCUCCAGUCCAGGACCAGAGACACAAUGACAAUGGAAAGGAGGAAGCACAACCCCUUAGAGCGCAGCCUGGGUCAGGUGACACUGAGGGAGCUUCCUGAGUGGCUGGCCUGUAGGACGCCACAGCGCCCGCGAGAUGCAGUAGAUAUGAUGCAAAAAGGCUGGCAAUGGUACUACAGGAGGUAUAUCGAUGUGAAGAGAGGCGGCGUAGGCGGCAUUAGUAUGCUGCUGGCCGGAUACUGUGUGCUCAGCUAUGUCUGGUCUUACCCGCAUCUUAAGAAGGAUCGCUGGAGGAAGUAUCAUUAAAAUGAAUGGAUAUUCAUUUGAUUUGAUCGACUCCCAUGUAAGCAGUAUGACAAGUCACCACUGGAUGUCACUGUUGUCUUGCAUCGUGUGCUCGCUCUGUAAAAGGAUUAAAAACUGGCACAUUCUUUAGAUAAAAUCUUUAAACCAGGAUGUAGAGGCUGCACAACUACAGACAUGUCUCUUAAUUUUUGUUCUCCCUCCUAAAACCCGUGCCUAUCCAUUUAUUGGAGGUUAUGCCGCUUGAUCCAAAUGCCAAAUAAAAAUUCACGAGCAUUUUUGUAUUCAAACUGAAUUUAUUGUUGCUGCUGUAGGCAACACAACAAUGAACAAGUGACGCCAAAAUAAUACAAAAUAAUUGCCAUUUUCUCAUUUUUUUUUUUAACAUUCUUUUCUUCUUCCAUACAAAAAUUAUAAAUAUUUUUUGUUUAUAGAAAACAAACUAUACAGAUCAAGUCAAGACAGUUCGCGUUGAAAGCAGGACAAGCGCGGACCCGCGUAGUGAUGACACAAAAUGG